UUUUGCCAGUACGCACCAACUGCGUACUGCAAGAGUAGUCGAACCAAGAGAAGUCGAGACAAGGCACUAGAGGGUCGGCUGUCCACACGUUUGUGGUGCCGGCAGUUCGGGCAGUUUCGGCACAGUCAACAUGAACAGAACUGGAGUGUCGACCUUACUACAGCUCACAAGUCGGGCUUUAAGAACUCCUGUUUCCAGUGCAAGGUCGAUCAUGAAGUACCACGAACCGGAAUAUCUUCAGUAUUUGAAACCGCCACUGCCAGUUCACGAAGGGCUUAUUAAUGUCCAGCUGAAAGGUUACGACUUCACCGUGCUCGAGAAUAAUGCCAGAAAAGUGGCUAAAAUAGCGGCGAUGUUGGGCAUUCGGGUUUCAGAAUGCUGGGCUACCCCUUUGGAAUCAAUGGCAAUAUCUACGUAUAAACCACAGAGCACUACAGUGGAGGACACGUUCAAGCUGAACGUUUACGAGCGAAACAUUCAGGUGUCCGAGCUGCCGGGAGUCAUGGCGCCGAUCUUCCUGGAAGCUGUCCAGCUCAGUCUGGCCGAGGGCGUUCGUCUGAGUGUGCACCGGCACCUCCCCGAGCACGAGGAGAUUCGCUACGUGCCCGACCUAGAGCUGGAGGAGCUGCAGAGGCAGCUGGACGAGAUCGUCAACCCACCCACGUCCAAGCAUGUCAAGAAGCAGUUCUGAUGCCUUUUGUGUGGCAUGCGUCAUUGUAAAUAAAGUGUAGAUGCUGUGGGGA